GACUUUCAAUAGACUUAAUAAUUUUAACACUAAUAAAGGAUAAAAAGUUAGACUGACAAUCAACAACAUAGAAAACUCAGAUAAUCAUGGCAAUAGCGAGUAAAAGGAUAAGAUUGGAUACUGAUGCUGUACUGGAGAAGACAGUGACAUGUCAAAAAUGUAUGAAAUACAUGGACGAUCCUAGGAUGCUCCCCUGCUUGCACACCUUCUGUAGGAGAUGUAUCCAGAAAACUAUGGACAAAUAUGACAAUAGCUUUCCAUGCCAUAUCUGCAAAAAGGUGUGCAGGAUACCAACAAAUGAUGAGGCAGCAGGAAUAAAAGUGAACUCGUUUGCUCAUUCAAUUCUUAACAUUCUAAAAGACAAAAAUAAUGAAUGGAAUUGUGAUGUCUGCUUCGAUGGAGGUGAGACUAUCAAAGCUAAAUCAUUUUGUUGCGAAUGCAAUGAGAAGCACUGUACAUACUGUGGACACACCCAUGAAUAUUCACAUUCAACAAGUACACACACUGUACUUAAGCUGACAGGAAAUAAAUCAUGUGACACUAAAACAAUGAUAAAUAUGUUAUCUCAACAGGCUUUGUGUUGCCGAAAACAUCCAAGUGAGCCCUUAGAGUACCAUUGUGAAGAACUCAAAAAGCUUAUCUGUAGAGUAUGUGCCCUACAUCACAAAGGUCAUCACCAUAGUAACAUAAAACAAACAGCAGAUGGCAACAUAGACACUUUGAGUGCAGCUAUUGACCUUGGCAAAGAACGAUUACGUGAAGAUGAAGUCAACAUUAACAAAAUCCACAAACACAUUGAAGCAAUUGAGCAACAAAUUAAAAAUUCAAGAGCAAAACUGGAUGCAGAAAAAUGUUGCAUCCAGAGAAAAGUGAACACAUAUUUUAAUAACCUACAGAGUGAGCUCAUAUCUGUGGGCAAUUCAGUGAUAAAACAGACAGAAUCCAAUUUAGCUGUCUUCAAACUUGACCAAAAGGUCAUUGAUGACACCGUGAUGCAACUAGAGGUGUUAAAAGAACAUGGUCACGAUACAGACAUUGCGAAUAUGAUACCAGAGAUUAACACUAAGAAGCAAGACUGGUCUACCCCUGUAAUUAUUGAUGUAAAACCUGUGGUUAAUUUGACAAUCAAGUCAAGUGAAAUAAAUGAUGACAAUGUUUUCUUUGCCAAGUUGAGAGAAGACAAUACAAGCUUUCAUCAGUCCAAUUACAUUCGCCAUUCAGUUGACAUGGAGGAGGACAAACCAGUAAGAUUAGAGAGAAGUCUUCAACCUAGAGCCAUUAGCCAUAAAGCAUUGGUUCAUUCAUCAAGCAAACAAAAGAACAAUGAACAUAAAAUUGUCCAUCAAUUCAGUGAUUUACGUGUGUCCAAAGAUGACAAGAUCAUAACAUUGGAUGCUGAUAAAAUCAGAAUCUAUGACGAAACAUCAAAGAAUCCAAAAGUCAUUAGCUUGUUUCAUUCCAGUGGUGUCUCACUAACUACCACAGAGGAAAAUAACUUGAUCGUUUGCUACGAAAACGCAAGAUGCACGGCUCUGCAUGUUUACACUAAUGACGGGACAUACAAGGGUCAAAUCAAGAUUCCAAGCAUCAAAGAUCCACGAGACAUUGCAAUAAAUCAUCACAACAAGCUCAUCAUUUUAACUGGCAAUGAGGAGAUAAAUGUUUGUGAUUACACUGGUCCACAUGCCCGUAUCAGAAGCUUUGAUAUAGAUGUCUCAGCCUGUAAAAUACCAAAUGAAUGCACAAUGGCCAUAAACAGCAAAGAUGUUCUCAUUCUCUCUGGCCAAGGCUAUGUCGAGGGAAUUCAAAUAGUAGAUGGCAGAAAACGUAAAACAGUAUUUAAGUUCAGUCCACGUGGCUGCAAAGGUGACAUUUUGAAAGUAUGUACUGACAGUAGAGACAACAUCAUACUACACAAUGUUGAUCAAGAAACAAUCAAGCUCUACACUCCAGAUUGCGAAUUCAUAAAGGACUUACUGACCCCUUCCACGUGUGAAUGUCAAGUAAUUGACAUAGCUGUGAAUAACGACGAUGAGGUUGUGGUGGGAGCUAAGCACAAAGGCUCAGACACAAAAACAUGUAUAUUCACUAUCAGAUAAACACACACUUAUUUGCCAAUUGGGAAGACCAGUGUGAAAAUUUGUUCACUGAAAAUGCCAACUCAACCAAACUGGUGAUGCUACAAAUGCUACA